CACCAACUUGUCACCAAAGAUGGCGAUUUGCUGAGUGCUCAUGGAUACACACAUUUAUCGGCUAGUUGCUAUCUCACCCGAAACGCCAACUUUAAAAACACGUUAACUGCUUAGCGAGCAACUCUUUCUUCCUUUGAAGCACAUCUGACACAACGUCAGUCACCGCUAUCAUGCAGAUCACGCUUAAAACACUGCAACAGCAGACUAUUCAAAUUGAGAUAGACCCCGAACAAACGGUGAAGGCUUUGAAAGAGAAGAUAGAAGCAGAGCGAGGCAAAGACAACUUUCCUGUAUCUGGGCAGAAGCUGAUAUACGCUGGAAAAAUCCUGCAAGAUGACACACCUAUUAAGGACUACAAAAUUGAUGAGAAGAAUUUUGUUGUAGUCAUGGUGUCCAAGGCUAAGCCUGCAGCUGCCGCCUCACCCCCAGUCUCAGAAGCACCCAAGCCCCCUGCACAGGACUCUGGCUCCACGUCAACAGCUGUCCCGGCCACAACCCCAACCUCAGCCCCAGCCCCAGCCCCAGCCCCAACUCCAGCAGCUGUUGCCAUUCCCCCGGAGGAGGCCAAAGAGGAGCCAAGUGCUGCAGCCACAGAACCACAACAACCAGCCAGUUCCAGUGGUGGUCAGGGCUUGGAUGCCUCCUCAGCACUGGUGACCGGGGCAGAGUACGAGGCAAUGCUGACGGAGAUCAUGUCUAUGGGCUACGAAAGAGAGAGAGUGGUGGCUGCGCUAAGGGCCAGUUUCAACAACCCCCACAGAGCUGUAGAAUACCUUCUCACUGGGAUCCCGAGCAGCCCAGUCCAGGAGAGCAAUCCACCAGCGCAGGCCCCCGCAUCUGGACCCACAGAAGCACCAUCUCUAGGAGAGGGAGAUAACCCACUUGCAUUCCUGCGGACCCAGCCCCAGUUUCUGCACAUGAGACAGGCCAUCCAGCAGAACCCCGCUCUGCUACCAGCUCUUCUCCAGCAGCUAGGCAGGGAGAACCCUCAGCUUCUACAGCAAAUCAGUCAGCAUCAGGAGCUAUUUAUCCAGAUGUUGAACGAGCCAGUGGGGGAGGGGGGUGAGGCGCCAGAGGUUGGAGAGAUGGGGGCAGCAGGGGAUGAGGGCGCACCUGUCAACUAUAUCCAGGUUACACCUCAGGAGAAGGAAGCCAUCGAAAGGUUAAAAGCGCUGGGUUUCCCUGAGGCUCUGGUGAUCCAGGCCUACUUUGCCUGCGAGAAGAACGAGAACCUGGCAGCCAACUUUCUCCUCAACCAGGGACUGGAGGAUGACUGAACACAGAUCACUGCCUUCCUGCUCCUCCCUCCGACCCUUCCCCUCUUCGGCUCAGCAUAAAGACUGCACCCCCAAUUUUACUGUACAGCUACCAACCUCAGCUCAACCCAACAAGGAGGGGAGGAGAGGGGAGAGCCAGCAGGGGGG